CCCAAACCGCACGCUUCCGAUCCACUCCGACGACCAGAUGGGCUCGAUGGAGGCGUCCACCGCGCCGGAGAACGGCACCGCGGGGGCGGCGGCCGCGGCCGCGGCCGCGGCCGCAUCCACGGCGUGUAACGGCGCGGGCGCCGCCUCGAACGGCGGCGGGGUAGAGAGGAGGCUGAGGUCCUCCGCGGCGUCUGCCUCGUGGGCGUCGCAUCUGCCGCUGGAGGUGGGCACGCGCGUGAUGUGCCGGUGGCGCGACCAGAAGCUCCACCCCGUCAAGGUCAUCGAGCGCCGGAAGUCCUCCGCCUCCUCCUCCCCCGCCGAUUACGAGUACUACGUCCACUACACCGAGUUCAAUAGGAGGCUCGAUGAGUGGGUUAAACUUGAACAACUUGAUCUUGAGACUGUUGAGACUGAUGUCGAUGAGAAGGUAGAAGAUAAGGCAACAAGCUUGAAGAUGACACGCCAUCAGAAGCGUAAAAUCGAUGAAACCCAUGUGGAGCAAGGUCAUGAGGAGCUUGAUGCUGCUAGCUUGCGGGAACAUGAAGAGUUCACAAAAGUAAAAAAUAUAGCGAAGAUAGAACUUGGGAGAUAUGAGAUAGAUACGUGGUAUUUCUCUCCUUUCCCACCAGAGUACAAUGACUCUCCAAAACUGUUCUUCUGUGAGUUUUGCCUCAACUUUAUGAAGCGCAAAGAACAGCUUCAGAGGCACAUGAAAAAGUGUGAUCUUAAGCAUCCCCCUGGUGAUGAAAUAUACAGAAGUGGAACUCUGUCUAUGUUUGAGGUUGAUGGCAAGAAGAACAAAGUUUACGGGCAGAAUCUUUGUUAUCUGGCCAAGCUAUUUCUUGAUCACAAGACACUUUAUUACGAUGUUGAUUUGUUUUUGUUCUAUGUCCUGUGUGAAUGUGAUGAUCGGGGGUGUCAUAUGGUGGGGUAUUUCUCCAAGGAGAAACACUCUGAGGAAUCUUACAAUUUGGCUUGCAUCCUCACUCUCCCUCCAUAUCAAAGAAAAGGAUAUGGAAAGUUCCUUAUUGCCUUCUCCUAUGAGCUUUCUAAGAAGGAAGGAAAAGUAGGGACACCAGAGCGCCCCCUUUCUGAUCUUGGUCUGCUCAGUUAUAGAGGCUAUUGGACUAGAGUGCUUCUAGAGAUUUUGAAGAAGCAUAAGAGCAACAUAUCCAUUAAGGAGCUUAGCGAUAUGACGGCCAUAAAAGCAGACGACAUCUUGAGCACGCUGCAGAGUCUGGACCUGAUCCAGUACCGGAAAGGUCAGCACGUCAUCUGCGCGGACCCCAAGGUCCUCGACCGCCACCUCAAGGCCGCCGGCCGGGGAGGCCUCGAGGUCGACGUUAGCAAGCUGAUCUGGACACCCUACAAGGAACAAGGCUAAGCUCACAUGCGGAGAAGAAUUAGAUAAAUAUCUGACCAGCCCAAUCCUGUACAUUUUUCACUAGGAUCUCUCUCUCUCCCUCGUGUAUCGUAAAUGUAGUUUUGUAAACAUCGAACACUGUUAUUUGUGUUGCAGUAAUCAUCCAUGAAAGAAACAAUAACUCUCUCUUCCCU